AGAGAUAUUUUAGUCCAAUGAAGUUGACUGAAUGCUGCGGAAGUGGAAAUUUAGCGCCAACGGAUGAAAAAUGGAUGUACGAAGACUAAAAACAAAAGUAACAACCGGCUUCAAGAUGCGAGGCUUAAUGUUGCGACCUGAAGCAAGCAAAUAUCUGGUGGAGGUGUUGGAGUCAGUCAGUGAAGUGGAACUGGAGGAUGUAAUUGAGCGGAUCCUGGAUGGAGUUGAAAAACAACCCUUGUCCUCCAGCAUGAUUGAGCUUUCAGUAGCUGAGACUGCUGUGCAGGACUGCAGUCAGUCAUGUGAUGAAACUAUAGACAACGUUUUUAACAUCAUUGGAGCUUUUGAUGUGCCUAGAUUUAUGUACAGCACAGAAAGGAAGAAAUUUGUCCCUAUUAGCAUGACCAACCAUCCAGUCCCUAGUGUGUGUGGUCAAGCUAGAGACAAGGCUGAGCUCUUUAGGGAACGCUAUACCAUCCUACAACAGCGGAUACACAGACAUGAACUUUUUACUCCACCAGUGAUUGGUGUGGCUGCAGAUGAAGGGAGAAAUAAAUUCCAGUUAAAGACUGUGGAGGCUCUUUUAGGAAGCACUGCAAAACUGGGUGAAGUUAUUGUCCUUGGCAUGAUCACACAGCUUAAAGAGGGCAAAUUUUUUCUUGAAGACCUGACCGGCUCUGUGCAGUUGAACAUUUCCAAGGCACAGUUCCACAGUGGGCUGUACACUGAGUCUGGCUUUGUCUUGGCUGAAGGAUGGUAUGAAGACUCGGUCUUCCAUGUCAGUGCCUUUGGGUUUCCACCAAUUGAGCCCUCCUCCACUACUAGGGCAUAUUAUGGUAAUGUGAAUUUCUUUGGCGGUCCAUCCACCAUCGCGGUGAAAGCCUCUGCCAAGCUGAAGCAGCUUGAAGAGGAGAAUGAGGAUGCAAUGUUUGUUAUAAUUUCUGACUUGUGGCUUGACAGUGUGGAGGUCCUGGAGAAGAUCCAGACCAUGUUUUCAGGCUAUUCAGCAAUGCCUCCCACCUGCUUCAUCUUCUGUGGGAACUUUUCCUCUGCCCCAUAUGGCAAAAAUCAGAUCAAGUCACUUAAAGAGUCUUUGAAAGCUCUAGCUGAUUUAAUUUGUGAGCAUCCCAACAUCCACAACAGCAGUCGCUUUGUGUUUGUUCCUGGCCCUGAGGACCCUGGACCCAGCACCAUCUUGCCCAGGCCCCCUUUAGCUGAAUACAUCACUGAAGAAUUUAGACAGCGAGUCCCUUUCUCUGUCUUCACCACAAACCCAUGCCGGAUACAGUACUGCAGUCAGGAGAUAGUGGUGAUCCGAGAAGACCUAGUCAACAAGAUGUGUAGGAACUGCUUGAGACUCCCCAGCACCAACCUCGACAUCCCAAACCAUUUUGUGAAGACUAUCUUGUCUCAGGGCCAUCUGACCCCACUUCCCCUCUAUGUUAGUCCAGUGUACUGGGCGUAUGACUACGCCUUACGUGUCUAUCCUGUUCCUGACGUUGUUAUCUUUGCUGAUAAAUAUGACCCCUUCAGUAUCUCCAACUCAGAUUGUGUCUGCAUCAACCCGGGUUCUUUUCCAAGAAGUGGAUUUUCUUUCAAGGUGUACUAUCCAUCAAACCGAACAGUGGAGGACAGCAAAUUGCAAGGACUUUGAAAUUGAACACGUGGUGAUAGUUGUAAGAGACUGUUUUAUAUACAAUGUAAAAUAAAUAUGAUGUCUUGUUAUAGCCUAUUUGUCUUAAGUGUGACUACUAAUAUGUGUACAUAAAUAAAAUAUCUCCUAUUUUGACAAAAAUAUUUUUAGAAGAUGAAGUUCAAUUUGCAUGGGCUGGAAGUAGAAAAAACCUGGUCAAUGUGAAUAACUAUGUGAGUGAAAACAUGUUAAUGAAUUAAACAUUCACUGUUAAACCAAUAUAAUUAGAAAAUAAUUACAAAUUAUUUUCCCAUAUGAUUAUUAUUAUUAAUCAUAAUAAUGAUUAUCUGUCUCUCUCUCUCUCUCUCUCAUAUACGUAUGUGUGUGUAU